AUGCUAGUAGAAGAGGUGCCCAAACAAGGCCCCACCAACUCCUCUACGGUGUACUUCUCGUCUCUGGUCAAUCUACAGGCCCGCUCGUCGGCAAAGUCUGCGGACGCCGGGGCCAGAGACGACGCCAGCCACCGCAACUCUAAAAGUAGGCCCAAAGUGAACUAUAAUCUCACCGAGUUGCUCAAUGCACAAACUCAGGCGAACUACAGCAACGGCACGGUCAGCAGUGGCGUGUACAAGUCGUCACAGCAGAUGCAGCUCGAGAAAAUCGUGUCGAAACGACUCGCGGAGUUGGGCAAAGAAACCCCCAACGAUAAUUUCGAGCUCCCCAAGACGUUUUCGUAUACCAGCAUACACAAGCAUUUGAGUGCCGCAGACAAAAAGAAGCUCCGUCUUGGAAACACGCCAUCCACAAAAAAGAUCUUGGCGGCACGCAGAAACCUCAACUCGUACUUCGAGGAGGAGAAAAACCUCAUUUCCAUCAACACCAUAUUGGGCGUGAACUUCUCGUUUGCAGAGCAGCGGAACGACGCGGACAGCGACGCCAAGCGCCUGAAAACAACUAGCGGCGCUUAUAAGCCCAAGCUCAAACUAUGCUGCAUCUGUGGCUCUUGCUCCAACUACAGUCGCUGUGGAAAUUGCGGGCUUUAUUCCUGUAGCGUACGCUGUCUCGGGCUCCACUAUGAGCUGAGAUGCACGUGA